AUGAAAAAAAGAGACAGUUUAAGUGGGCAAAUUCAGUGUUUUUAUGAGAAAUCUGAGCAAGAAAAGCCACAUUUUGCAUCAUCAAGCGUUGCACAUUUGUUUUUACGUAGUUUUUUGCCACAUAUUGCAGUCCUUUCUUCAGAAGAUGCAGAUGGAGUUGCGAUAGCAAAAGGAUAUAAAUGUCUGACAGAGAUGCUAUCAUUGUUUGGAGAAGAUGAAUCAGAUGAAUUGGUUGAGAAUUCAUUGAUGGGUAUCCGUUUUAUGCCUCUGGAAAGACCGGCAAGUUCUUUUGAAGGCCAGCUUGGGUGGAUAGAGGAGUGUAUUGCUUAUCAUAUGAAUUUUUUAGAGCAAAAUAUGCAAAAUAAAGGAGAAGAGUCUUUCCAUGGAUCUGAUACAGUAAAAGGAGAUUUAGUAGAAACAGUUGCAAGUUUGAAGCCAUUAGAUGUAGAGAUUAAAAAAGAUAUUUCAAUAGAUGCAUCAGUCAAGAAAUUAGAAGAUAAAAUAUUGUUUAAGGCAUCUGAUUCAUCAGGACUUCUAAAUAAAGUAUUAGAUGAAAACUUUACUGAAUGCUUAGCACAAUUAGAUAUCCUUGCUGAAGAGACGUCUUCACCGAAUAUAUCAUUGGAGGAUCUUGAGUUGAAAAAGACACUUGAAAGUGAUUUAAAGUCGAAAAAAGCCGCUUUUUGGGGAGAUGUUCCACUAAAAACAUCACUUAGAGACUCGUCUCUUGAUUUAUCAUCUGCUUUUGAUCUUUAUUUCCGGUUGUUGACCUUUCUUCCUCCUUCUGCACAUGAAUCUUUUAGUCAUCCUGUUGCCUGUAUUUUUGCAGUCUCAUCUUAUAGUCCAGCACCACUUAAGGCACUUGAGUUGCUUUUAGAACAACGAUCGCAUAUGUCUCUUCCAUCGUACAUUGAUCUUAGUUAUUUACAGAUAUAUCUUUUUAUACAUGACGAUGCUCAUGAUUUUGAAAAGUCAUUACAGGUUUUUCAAACUAUUCAACGGACUUUUGGAGCACAUGCUUAUCUUAUUAAAUUGUCUUCAGUAGAGAAAGUAUUGAAAGAACCACAAUAUAUGCAAAUUUUGGAACAAAAAAGUUUUUGGAAUAUGCCUUUUAAUAUACCUGAAGAUACUCAAUAUUUAUUUCGUGAUUAUAUUAACUUUUCUAAUCAAUAUCAUGGUUUGUCGAACGAAGACAUGUCUUCUAUUCGUGCAUUUGUAAAAGAAUUAAUUUCUCGAAGCAUCCUUCCUGUCAUGAAAUGCUCAGUUGAUAUUUGGAAUGAGCAACUUGUUGUUCCUCGUAAAGGAUUCUCUGGAAGAUUUUUUAAUAUCUCUAAACGUUAUUUUGGUGCAGGAAUAGCUCGUAACACAGCAUCUUUACAUCAGAAUGGUAAUUACGAUAUUACUACGUCGUCCUAUCCCCCAUCUUCUCCUGAAGCACAAUUAAGAAAGCUUGCUGACUAUGCUUUUAUGCUUCAUGAUUGGAAAUUCGCACAAUCUAUUUAUGAACUUCUUAAGAAAGACUUUUUUGACGAUAAUGCGUGGAAAUACUAUGCAGGUGCACAUGAAAUGUCGACAUUUUGUUUACUCUUACUUCCUAUGCAUUCAACAAAAAUUAAAAUUGAAACGAUUGAUUCUAUGUUGGAUACUUCUCUAUACUCAUAUCUUUCACAAUGCUCUUCACCUUUUUUUGCCUUACGUUGUAUUAUAUUUGCUUCAGAACUCAUGGCUUUGCGAUCUAAUAAAGCAAAAAAUGACGCUGCUAGGUGGCUUAUAAAGAUUCUUGAAUCUGGUAUUGUUGGAAAUGUCGUCGGUACACUCUUGACAGAACGGAUUGCAACAUAUUUUGCGUCAGUAGAAACACAUGGAGCCCUUAAAUAUGGUUCUCGUUACAAAAAAGCCGCUUUCUGGAAGGUACUCGCUGCCGAAGCCUGGCUACGUAUUGGAAAAAAAUAUCUUGCUCAGCAAUCACUCGAGGACGCAAUGAUAGUAUAUCAAAAUACACAGUGGCCUGGAAUAAAGGCAUUCAUGGAUACCUUGCUGCAGGCGGCACAUACUUAA